CCGCAGCUCCGCCGCCGCCACCGCCAAGGCAGCUCGUCUCCCUCUCCGGCUCCAACUUCGGGCGACCUCAUGGCCGUCGACCUCAUGGGCUUCAGCCCGCGCGCGUGUCCCUCGGCCGAGGCCGAGGCCGAGCAGCGCGCCUUCCAGGAGGCCGCCGCCGCGGGCCUUCGCAGCCUCGAGCUGCUCGUCUCGUCGCUCUCCUCGGGCGGCGGGGAGCUCCACCACCGGAGGCUGCCGCAGCAGCAGCAGCAGCCGCAGCUCGGGGAGAUCGCGGACCAGGCGGUGGCCAGGUUCCGCAGGGUGAUCUCGAUUCUUGACCGUACCGGGCAUGCGCGCUUCCGCCGGGGGCCUGUCGCCGGAGCGGCGGUGGAGAUUGCUUCGCCGUCGUCUCCUGUCUCGGCCUCUCCUCCUCCGCCGCCGCCGGCUCCGGCUCCGGCUCCGGCUCCGGUGAAGAGCCUGACGCUGGACUUCACGAACCCCGCGAAGGCGGCGGCGGCGGGGUCGGUGACGUCGACCUCGUUCUUCUCGUCGGUGACCGCCGGCGGCGGCGGCGAAGGAAGCGUGUCGAAGGGCCGGAGCCUGGUCUCCUCCGGCAAGCCACCGCUCGCCGGCGGCGUCAAGCGCAAGCACCACCCCCAAAACCCGCAGCCGCCCUGCGCAGCCGCCGCCGGGGGGGACGCCCCGCACGCUCACUCCCACGCCCACGCCGGCUGCCACUGCUCCAAGAAGCGCAAGCACCGCGUCCGCCGCACCGUCCGCGUGCCGGCGGCGAGCGCGCGCGUGGCCGACAUCCCCGCCGACGAGUUCUCGUGGCGCAAGUACGGGCAGAAGCCGAUCAAGGGGUCCCCCUACCCGCGCGGCUACUACCGGUGCAGCACCGUGAAGGGGUGCCCCGCCCGGAAGCACGUGGAGCGCGCCGCCGACGACCCCGCCACCCUCGUCGUCACCUACGAGGGCGACCACCGCCACUCGCCGCCGGCGUGAACCCAAAAUCAUCCGCCGCCACCGCCUAAUUACUCCGAUUAGCAGCAGUACACGCGCCGCCUGUGUAAAUGAUCUUCACUACUAGUAGUACAAUUUUUUACUGUUGUUAUUUUUUUACCCGUAGCAGUAAAACUGUACUGAACUGUACUAGUACUAAUCCUGGUUGUAAUUUUUCCGCCUCGGGUAAUUACAAAGCAAUUUUACCAAGCAAAAUCGGGUGCUUCGUUUUAAGUUUUAAUUCUCCGUCCCACAAAAAUA